CUUGCGCUGCGACCAAGCUGCAUCUUUUGCCGUGACUGUCCAGGAAUAUCGCACAUGCAUCGUCAACCAGUCGCAAACGCCUCUGCGACCCCCGCAAAGCGAUCGCAAGAGCCACGUAUCUUCUAUCCCCGCAAGCGCGCCCUCGUGGCCUGUCAUGUUUGCCGCAGGAAGAAGACGAAAUGCGACAACGUAAGACCAAGUUGUGGCUCUUGCCGGGAGCUUAAGAUUGAUUGCCGUUACGGUGACUUGAAAUUCGACAACUCAACAUAUGACCCGGCUAGCAUAGAAAUCCUGGACCAGCUUGGGGCCAUGAGAAGGCUCCUUGAAGUCCAAAAUGCUCACCUUUUGGGCAUAGUAUCCAACCCGUAUCAGGUCGAUCACAUAUCUCCGUUGCCGCCACUGAACGGCCUAACUGAUGAUCACAGUGCCAGUCCAUCGUCUGCAAUCGCAAGCCAGAAACACUAUGACGGACUUUAUCGCUAUGAACCUCGAAAAGAAGCCGUCUUACUCUCUGAAUCACUCGAUUUUGCUGAGACGGCUCUCGGCAAAUGCGAAGAUGUGCUCGAGUGGCCGGUGUUCCAGGGUGAAUUUCACCGCUCGGAGACUGAGACAUUGAUCUUCAAUCCCGACAUGGCUCGUGGAGACCAGUCAGUCUCGACCUGGUCUGUCAGUUGUGAAUCAGAUCGAAGCUCUAGAUGUAGCCGUGGCAUCCAAGACGAGGAGACGCUUGCUCUGGUCGAAAAAUUCUUUCUCAACGUUCAUAUUAAAAACCCCAUUCUCAACGUAAGUGAGACAAUGUCGAUGGCCAAAGAUGCCAUGGAGCACGGAUUCAAGUGGGACGCACCGUCAUGUCUUGUGCUGCUAGCAUGCGCGUUGGGCUGUCUGUCAUUGCCAUAUAGAUCAGAUUUUGUCACGUCAGAUCUGGUACAAGGCCCCAACCCACGAUGUAGUAUUGAUGACGCGGACGAUUAUCCCACUGCGGAGAGCUACUAUGUCGCCGCUCUGAAGCGCAUCAGCCUCUUGAAAUGCUCGAUCUUGACCACUCAAUGUCAUUUCCUUUGUGGCGUUUAUGAGAUGUACUCUCUCCGGCCGUUGCGAGCUUGGAAUUCGUUCAACCGGGCUUGCGUCAUGUUUCAAAUCUACCUGAGAGCCAAGGAUAGAACCAAGGCUGGAGUCAACGAGAGCUUGGAGCGCCGCCUGUAUUGGUCAUGCCUGAAAUCAGAAUGUGAAAUUCGGAUGGACGUCUGCCUCCCAGCAUCGGGUCUCGCCAAGGUCAUGUACCCCGACGCGUUUCCGUCACCUCCAUGUGGAAGUCCAGUUCCACGUUCAGAAUCAGCAGCAGAUGGAACGGUCGGCAAUACCGAUGCUCCGGCCUCAAUGCUAUCCCCCGAGUUGGAGAACAGCUGGAGCUAUUAUCUGUCAGAGAUCGCUGUUCGGCAUAUCACAAACAGAGUGAUCAACAUCUUCUAUCAAAAGAACGAGAGCUCUUGGCUGUCGAUGCCAAUCCACCAGAUGAUCUGGUUAGCUCAGGAACUAGAGUCGCAGCUUAUCCAGUGGUACAAUCACCUUCCAGAACCUGUUGCAACCCCAGGGCUUCCGCUUUCAAGCCUUCAACAAUCGGAAGAACUCCACCACAUGGUCCAUACCCGCUUCCCCGACAUUCUUGAACGAAUUUACCGACCAUUUCUAUAUCUUGCAAUCCAUCUGCCAGAUGGCAGUCCGGCGCAGCAGCUUAUUGGGCCGCAUGUAGAAAAGUGUCUUGAAGCUUGUUUGCAACACGCUGCGAGAGGGAGUGGGCGUCAUCGACACCACGGAACAUGGUAUCAAAAUCGUUCAGUCUUCACAAAGUCUCUUCUGCUUCUUGCCGCUGUAAGGAGUAGACGAGUAAAUGUGCCGGCUGGCUGGAGAGAGACAGUACACCAGACAACUAUAGGUCUGAGGUUCUGGCAGAAAGAAGCACCAGAUCUCGGGAGGGCCGCUGAUAUCUUGCAGAAACUACUUCAUAACAUCGAGACAAGUCGCUGUGUCUAGACAGAGAUAGGCUGGCAAGUCGGGUAGUAAUGCCUCGGCCCGGGGUAUGGCUGGGUCGUGGUCGCACGGACAUGCCUCUGGUCAAGGUAGCAGACUCAUUUCAUACUACCUAGGUAUACAGGCUAUUAGAGCUACCCUCUGCGUGUGCUGUUAAUCCCUGGGCCACGUACAUCUUUGUCCGUGAUUCCCCGUGCAUCGCGUAUUUCCGCGUGCCGUGACUCCCCGCUUCUAGAUUUUGAUCGUUCUUUUCGAUCAAGCGCUGAACAUCCCCGGGGCCCACACUUAAUGAGGCCCUAGUGUCUGAGUGUUGCUUCCAUCUUCGAUAUUGGUACGAG